GCUGCUUUUGUCUUUGUAUAUGUGUAUCCAUGUAUAUGUGUGUGGUGUGGCUUAUUAUAGAGGUGUUUGAGCGGUGCGUGGAGAUGAGGACAUGAUGCUUAUGGCCGGUUAUUGUUCACAUGGCGACUCUCGGCUCUGCCGGCACAUCCGCGCGUCCGUGACUUUGAGACGGCUGCUUUUGUCACAUUAAAACACCGCACUCACGAGGCUGUUAUGCUACUUUGUUGCCUGCUUUGUUGCGUUUAUUUCGGCUUUGUUAUAUUAACAUAAAACAUUACAUAUAAAGCAGGGCUGGAAAAACGUGGUUGGCCAUAUCCCACGUUAUGUGCUCAAUGUCAAGGCGAGGUUAUUUCCCUCAUGGUGGUGUUUUCCAGGGAAUGGGGGGCAGCUGCCGCGCUCGCUCUGUGUUGUCUGGUUAAUGCAGACACACAGGGUACUAUAUUAGCUCCUGCACGUGGCAUGCUGCUGUUUGUAUGUGUAUGUCGUUCAUAUGUAGGUCACUAGAUCAUUUUAGUUGCUUUAGAUGUUAAGUCGUCUUUUUGGCUGCAGCUGAUGCAAACAUCAGACUGGAUUAAAUCAUGCUGAUUCCUCUUUUUUUUAGGAUACCAAUUCAUGUAAUUGUGCCUGUAAAUGUGGGUAAAACUCAUGUCAGAGUGGAGCUUAAUGAGCAUCAAUAAAGAUUUUAAUCUAAUGUUAAAAAAUACAAGAGAUACUGCAGGAAAAAAAAACAUGUAAUUGCACCAAUAAUGUUCCAAAAAGGAUAUUUUUCAUGCUUUUUUCAUGCAUGUGUCUACAAAACUUAUUUUUUCCAAAUGUGCAUAAAUUUGCCUCUGUUUCUAGUUACAUUACUAACACAUUUAUAGAUGUUCAAGUUCAAAAGACCUCACAAAAUGUCUGAUUUCAAAGUGAGUCACUGGGUGAAUUUUUUUUGUGCUCAUGAGGUGUGUUAAGUAAAGCACAGAGCUUUGCUUUGAGGGAGUUGGAGGGUAUGACAUAACCAGCACACAGCAGGGAGAAGCAAUAAACAGCAGCUCUCUCGGGGACAGAGAGGCCUGUAAUUGAUUCACACCCUGCUCUUUCUUCCCAUCAUUCAUACCCAGAUUAACACCAAAUCCUUUAUUUCUAAAGCAGAUAGAUAUUUUGGAAAUGCUUUCAUCGGUGACAUUACAGCUGCCGAGUUAUUUUUAACUUCCCCAGAGAAAGAGAAAACAUGGAAAAUAAAAAAGCAGAAGUAAAGUUGAGCCAGAUAAUCUUUUUUUUUGUACAAAAGUGCUGUCCCAAGCUCCCGGCGAGGUCUUUGCGUGAGUUUGUUGUGAAAUUACAAUAACAAGUGAACAUCCAGGAUGUGAUGCAAUGCAUGGAAACCCCUGUCUGGCGAAGGCAGGCAGAGUUCUGGUGAGCUCUUAGUCCGCCUGUUGCCAGCUGGUCUGGUUUCAGAGCAGUCUGCGUUGCUCCAACCCAGCCGCCUCUCUGAAUAUAGGUCAGACCUGUAUCUGGGUGAGGAGACACAUGCGGGGCAAGCCGUGGACUACUUUGACCACUCUGUCUGUUGGAAUAUGAGACCACAGCGUGACACAGGCUUAGUUAGUGGUCAGCAAACAGCAGCACUGAAGCUGGAUCCUCAGGGAGCCCCGAAGUACACGGACUGACCUACAUCCUCUGUAAAACACUGAGAGAAGCAGGGCAUCGGCCUGACAGGCAUCACAGCUCUGCUGAAGAUUGAGGGAGACGCCGAUAAACUCGAAAUCACCUCCAACAAGACUCCAGAGACUGCUCUGAUCUGUUUGCCAAGACAGCUGGAAGACUCUUUACCCAAAAUAAAAACUUGUGUCUUUUUUUAGGUUCCUUGUUCAGAACACUAGUUCAAUGUCUGAGGUUUUUGUGGCUUGCCAUCUCUUUUUAAUCUUCUUGGCUAAUCUGGACACUUGAACAUUUUGAUCUUGAAGAACAAGUAACAGAAAUCAAUGAGGCUAUCCCUUCGAGGAGCACAAAUACCUCAUCAAGAAGUUUUUGCCGAUCCUGCGACUUAGGUCAAACUCCUUAGUAACAAAGAAGAAGACAUAUAGUUUUACAUUUUUUCCCUUCCCCCCCUUUGCCCUUUGCUAGAGUUACACUCUGGCCCCCAGCUGGGAAAAAAUGGAAAGUCUGAGUCUUCAUCUCCCACCCACCAGCAACAAAAAUGCCAUGGAGGUAGACACUUUUUCCUCAUACAGUGGCAGCCUCCCAUCCCCUAAUCCUGACUCUGGAGCGCGGAUCAGCCGCCAGUCGAAAGGUUCCAAGCCUAAUGCGAGCUGCCGCCGUAAGCGAGAGUUCAUUUCUGAUGAGAAGAAAGAUGCUUCCUAUUGGGAAAAACGGAGGAAGAACAAUGAAGCAGCCAAGCGCUCACGGGAGAAGCGUCGCCUCAAUGACAUGGUGCUUGAGAACCGUGUCAUGGCGCUUAAUGAGGAGAACGUUCGUCUGAAAACUGAGCUUCUUCAGCUCAAGUUGCGCUUUGGCCUCAUCAGCACAGCCUCCUACAUGGAGAAGAGUCAGCAGAUCUCCAACAGCACUACUGGUGUCAACAGUGGGAGCACCAACGGCACCCAAAAUAGUAACGCCUACCUCUCAAGCAGCGGCUACUCCAGUGCAUCCCAGGUGAUGCUGAACUCUGACUCAUCUGAAGCUGAACAGUCGAGCCGUGGCGAUCGCCACAGCGCGCUCCACCAGUACUCACCCCGCGGCUCCGUCUCUGACAUGUCCGAUGGCUCCUCCAGAGACAGCCCAGAACCCAUUGGCUACAACAUAAAGACUGAGCCUUCAAGUUUGGAGAUGGCCAGACUGGAAAGCAACGGGAUGCCCAAUGGUUUGCCAAAUGGGGCUUACCAUGGCAACCACACUACUCUGGUUUCUCCUCACCAGCAGAACGCUCCAUUGGCUGAAAAUGCCAUGGACUACCAGCACCACCAACAGCAGCAGCAGUGCCACAUGGAGGCCUCCAGUCCUGCUCCUCAGGCCACCUCUGCACAGAGAAGUGUCAUCUUGUACCGCUCCAGCAGCGGCUGCUACCCCAUGGAGACCCAGAGGCCGGAAGACCAGCAGACCCAGCAGAACAGACCGCUGCAGCACUCCCCGACCUCCAAGUUUUCAGACUGCUCAGUGACCAUCACAGAGGUUGCUGAGAAACUAGAGAGGACAAAGACCAUGGACUCACCUCAGUAUGAAUACACUAACGGCCAUGCCGAGUCAACAGAGGAGCUGCAGCAAAAGUACAAUGCUAGCGCCCAACAACAGCGUGAGAACCAUCACGGGCACUACAGCUACCAGAGUCAGGAGAAUGGUCUUCAGCAUGCAGAAAGCCACCACAACCCCUUCGCCCCUGAUCUAAUCCGCAACACUGAGGAGGGCAAGUCCUCCUUCCCACAGCACAACGGCUACCUCAACACACUGGACGAAGAGCCCCCGGUGCUCACCUACGAGGGAGGCCCCCGGGCCGACGGUUUCUACCAGGAGAACUCCUCUGCUAAAGACACCUCAUCAAGUGAUGGGGACCCUCGUAGCUCUGACAAGGAGGGCUCCACAGAUGACGAGUCCCCCUCCUCAUCCUCCUCAGACAUCAGCAGCUACCACCAGAAAGCAGCAGGAGCUGCAAGUUCACAGGGCGAGUGCCAAGCCGAGGUCAAAGGCACCGCCCUGCCCCACAAGCUCCGCCUCAAGUAUAGAGCUCUGUCCAAUGGGGCAGCAGGAGCGCAUAUGGAGGGAUCAGUCAACACCUCCAUGUCGCCCUCCCCAGCUUUGCCUCAGCACCCAUACUUAGCUCUGCCCAGCAACCCUAACAGCACCCAGGCCAACGGGGAGAGCAAAGAGGUGGACAAUGAGACUCAGUAUGCAGAGGAGGUCAAUCCUCCGAGUGAGAGGCCAGAGGCCAAGAAGGAGGGUGGGAAAAAGGGAUCCAGCAGCAGCAGGGGUGGGCGCAAUAAGAGGCGAGACUAAGGACUAAUAGGAACAUUUUCCUGUCACCUCUUUGUCCUCUUCAGCAGACAGACAAAUAGGACUAUGACUCACAUCACCACCUGACUUGACAGAAGAAGCCGGUGAUCUGUGAGUUGUAGUUAGGAUGUGAGUUCACCAAGUUUCACUGUGUCACCUGUUCCUCUUCCCUUUGCGCUCUCCUACCUCCCACCUCCAAUUAAAAUGAUAGAUCACUUAAUGAGGGAGGGGACAGAAUGAAACUCUCCAGAGCUGGAGUCUGGGAUAUUUCCCUUGUGGAAAAUUGAAACAUUAUUCAAUUAUUCAUCAUUGUAAACUGCCUUGGUGGCUGGCCAGCAUUUAUUGUGGCAUUAUGGGAACAUUCCUUUGACCAAAGAAUACACAUCCUUCCUUUAGUGUCUCCCUUUUUGGCAAAGAGUUACAUUCUUCCUCCCUCUGAAAACACCUGGACCAUUUGAUCCUCCACCCUCUUACCAUCUGCACACACAAGCAGCACUUAGAUUGUAUAUUACUGUGACAUAUAAAUUUGCAUAUAUGGAAUAUAUAUUUUAAGAAGAAAAAUGUGGCAAAAACAACAAAAAAUAAAGCAGUGGGUUGCAGAAGUCGUAGACUUAAAAAGUGAUCGGUUUGUUCCUGUUGAGACACCUUGUACAGUCCCUCUUUGUCUAGAAAAUGCCUCAAAGAUUUUCUUUUAACUAAAAGUAUGAGCCACUACUUGUAAAAAAGAAAAAAAAGAAAAAAAAAAAGAAAAAGGAAAGGUACACUUUUUUCAGAUUUAUGGAUCAGAUCGGGGGCCUCAUUCAGGUGAUCUGAGCUCUUUGACGCUCAAAGUAGGGCUGCACGAUUAAUCCUUUAAAAGAGCGCAAUCUCAAUUCUCUGAUGACAACAAUUCUGCAAUAUUUGCUUUCGAGAGCUGCAUAUUUAGAAUGAGUCAGAAUUUGUCCCUGCUGCAACACACACAAAUGCACUUCAAGGCUUUCAGACUCUACCUGAACCUUAAAUUAGCCACAGAGCUAUCUGUGCGGUCAGGCAGACUGGGUCGUCGCAAAAGAGUGUCUUUUCUUUGGCAAAGGUUACGUGGGAGGCGGACUCAAGCCGAGCCUGUAGCCUUUCUAACGUGCACCAAACACUAACGAUACUGUAAAUGUAUAUUAGCUCUACCAGAGAUAUUAUUAUACAUAGAAUGACUUUGGUUCUACUCAUCUCACACAGUCUGGCUAUCAGGCGCAGAUUUGGGGGGAACGCAAAGGACGUGCCCCUGAAUAUUUAAGAACAUGUGCAUUUGUUCUUGCCGGUAUAAACAUUAAAGUAGCAGAGGACAUUUAUUCAACAAAAUUAAAGACACUUACACUAUAAAGAAUGUAAGAAAGGAAGUGGUUGACGCUCCAAAUUUUCUGACAUGAGACUGAAAUAUCGAUAUAUCGACACAUAUCAAUUCUGAAUAUUUUCAGAACGGUUCCAAUAUUCAUUUUCUGCAGUCAUUGCAGUCAUUCUGGUGUUCUUUUCCACUAGCCAAGAAAAGAAAAGUUGUUGUCGUCAUGAUAUGUUCUAUUUAAAAAGAUAAUUUUAAUGCACUUAAUGUCAAAUUUUCCCCCUGGAAUCAAAAAUGGUAUUGAAUGUGGGUAAUUUAAAGACAACACUAAUCCAAUGUAUGUUUAGUACAAAAUAAUGUAUCUCCUCAAUUUUGCUGCUGCCCUUUGAUUCUAUUUCCUCUGACACCCAGAAAUCAUUUGUACUACUUUGGGUUGAUGGAGAUGUAGAUGGAUAGAUAGAAAGCUUUUUUUAAUGCAGAGUUUUGACCCUGUUGUUAUUUUAAGAAAUGUAAGUUCAUAUGCUUGCUUUGUUUCUUUGUAGGACACUUUAACAGACAACAUGCACUUGUGCUAAUAGCAAUAAUUUGUUUUGGUUGCAGAAGAAAAAUGCUUUCUGCGAGAGAAUCAUGUUCUCAAUUCUUAGCAAAAAAAAAAAAAAUUAAGUUCUCAUUUUAUCAAGAAUCGUGCAGCCCUAACUCAAAGCUGUCAAAACAGUAAAGGCCAGUUAUCCGCAUAUCAGUCCAGGCUAUGCAGUCACACAUUGCUGUUUGCAAAACCUGACAAGCACAAGGCAAGCCUCGCCUGCCAGACGUUCAAUGAAAAAUCAAUACAUCUUCAUUUCCAGACAAAUACUGUCUGUCUAAUAAAUGAAAUGGCUCUCCAGUCGCAAACCAGCAAAGCUGCUCUCUCUCUUCAUAAGGUGCCUCUUUAUUGUGUUGUCCCUCGUCCCCACUUUGGCCAAUGUCUUAACGAUCCCACUCACCUCUGCACUGAGUUGUUUUAGCUACGGUAGCUGCAGUAGAUCAUACAGUCUGUACAAGUUUUAACUGUUUCACUUCCUGGUGCCUGCCUCUGGCCACUAUGUAUAAAUGUAAAGUUGUCUCUCUAUCUCUUGUAUACUGCUGUCAUUAUUUUAUUAUUAUUAUUUUAUUAAUAUUGUUAUUUUCUAUUAUAUUCAGUUAUUAUUUUGGAUAUUAUUAUGUGUCAUCCUGUUGUGUCAUUUUGCUCUUUGCUCUUCCUGGUUGUGCUGUGUAUUUACCCAUGCUGCCCUUUGCCCCAGUUACCAUUUGUACUCUGUGUUACCGUAUAACCUUUGUUGUUUGCCGAAAGGUUUUCCAAAAAUGGAAAAAAAAAAGAAAAAAAAUUGAAUAAGGCUUGUCCAGAAGUGAUUAUGUAUUGCUAUACUUCAUGUGGAUAUGCAAAAUGGUUACAAAAACACUCAUUUUUGAUUGUGAAAGAUUCAAAAUGGUUAAAAAAAAAUAAAAGGUUGUUAAAUUUA